AUGCUGCGCCGUGGCUGCACCUUCCGCAAGAUUGCCUGGCGGGCGGUCCCGGACCACACGCACUACGACGUCUGUGUGAUUGGGGGCGGCCCCGGUGGCAUCGCCGCGGCCCUCCGCGCCGUGGACUUCCAAAAAAAAGUCUGCCUGAUCGAGUGCAACCGUCUCGGUGGGCACGACCUCUGGGGCGGCACCCUCCACUCCAAGACGUUGUGGGAGUUCUCCUCGGGCCUCUCCAAGGCGCGUGGGGCGGCGGCGCGGCGGCUGUACGGGGUGUCGCUCGAGUCCCACCUCCGCCUGGACGAGGCGCGGAUGCGGGCCUCCAUGGACGAGGUCAGCUGCACCCGGGAGGCCCAAAUCGCGACGGCCCUGAAGGCCAGCGACGUCCGCUUUGUGACCGGCCACGCGCGCUUCGUGAGCAACCACGAGGUGUUGUGUCACGGCAAGGGGCUGGGUCCCGAGGAGGCCCCGACGGCCUUCCGGCGGAUCACCGCGGAUUACUUCGUGAUCGCGACGGGAUCCACCCCGCGGCGGCACCCCGCCGUGCCGACGGACGGCCGUCUCGUCGUGACCUCCGACCACGUCAUGCGGCUGCCGCUGCCGCGCCGGCUCGUCAUCGUCGGUGCCGGCGUUCUCGGCUGCGAGUUCGCCAGCAUCCUCGCCGGGCUCGGCCGCACGGCGGUCGCGAUCGUCGACAAGGAGGCCCGCAUCCUCCCCGAGGAGGAUGACGACGUCGUUGAGAUCGUGGAGCGGCAGAUGGAGGCGGAGGGCGUCACCAUCCACCACGACUCCAGGCUGUAUGACCUGCAGCUCUGGGAGGACGACACCGACAACUCCCUCGGCGGCGUCCAGUACACCCUCAUGAAUCGCUACACGAAGGAGCUCACUACCCACCACGUCGAUCAGGCCCUCCUCGCCAUCGGGCGAUGGCCGAACUACAACAGCCUCGGCCUCACCAAUACCUCCGUCAAAACCCGAGAUGGAAGGCUCGUCGCGAAUGAGUUCGGGCUGUGCGAGAAUACGAAGAAUAUCUACGUCAUUGGCGACGCCGCCGCCAAGAAUUUCCGCGUGUGCGUGGCGGAAUCGAUGGGGAAGCUUGCCGUGGAACACAUGUACUCCCCGCGGCUGCAGCGUCCGCCGAUCCCGUUCAGCAUCACGCCGAAGCUAGGCUUUUUCUCGCUCGCGAUCGCAUCGGUCGGGCUCGGUGAGAAGGGCUGCCGGGAGAAGAAUGUCGCCUACAUCGCGUGUAAAUACGGCUACGACCUCGUCAGUCGCAGCGUCGCCGCGACGAGCACCAAUGGGUUUAUCAAGAUUCUCGUUUCAAAGGAAAUGCCGCACUAUAUUUUGGGCCUCCGCGCGGUCGGUCUGGGUUCGAGCACGCUUGUCGACCUUGCCACACUCGCACUGCAUAGAAGACAAACGGUAUAUGACCUCGCAAACCGCUUGACGGGGUAUCCCGCGCUCUCGCAGGCUUUUCAGGAGUGCUUGCAUGCGAUUCUGGGUACCUCGGUACUAAAGCCCGGAGCCUUCGAUAGCAUCACCCUAACGGAGUGGACCCCAGAUAACUAUCAGCGCGGGGUGGCCUUCCAGGAGACCCUUCGCGCAGAGAAAGACCGAAAAAAGUCUUUUAACGACUGA